AUGUCUGGAUCCUACCUGGACAUGCUGAAGGUGAUCAUGUUCAGCUACCUGUUCUGGUUCGUCCUCACCAUCAUCUUCAUCACCGGCACCACGCGUAUCAGCCUCUUCUGUUUGGGCUACCUGGUGGGAUGCUUCUACUUCCUGCUGUUCGGCGGGGAGCUGCUGCUCAAGCCAAUCAAAAAGAUCCUACACUACUGGGACUUCCUGAUCGCCUAUAACGUGUUUGUGAUCACCAUGAAGAAUAUCCUGUCUAUCCUGGCCUGUGGUUACAUCAACGUCCUGGUGGUCAACAAUUGUUGGCUGAUCCAGCUCCUCAGUCUGGCCUGCACCAUCAAGGAGUACAAGGUCGUCACCUCUCUAGCUGCGGACGGUGGUAAGAAGUGUGAUCUGCCCAAAGACGAGGCUGGUAUCAUCUGGGACAGUAUCUGUUUUGCCUUCCUGCUGUUGCAGAGACGUGUCUUCAUGAGUUACUACUUCCUACAUGUGGUGGCUGAUAUCAGGGCCUCACAGAUACUGGCCUCCAGAGGGGCUGAAUUGUUCCAGGCUACUAUAGUGAAGGCAGUCAGAGCCAGACUGGAGGAAGAGAACAAGUCUAUGGAACAGCUGAAGAGACAGAUGGACCGUAUAAAGCAGCGCCAGGAGAAGUUUAAGAGUGGGAAGAAAAAGAUGUUGAGCCUGGCUCAGGAAUCUGGGGACAGAGAGAACCCCAUCCAGCCACAGGAGUCAGGGGACAGAGAGUACCCCAUCCAGCCACAGGAGUCAGGGGACAGACAGAACCCCAUCCAGCCACAGGAGCAGGAGGAAGAGGAUGAUGGAGCAGAGCGAGAAAGAGAGAAAGAGAAAGUGAAAGAAACAGCCAAGACUAAAAAAAGGCAGUGGUGGCGGCCUUGGGUUGACCACGCCUCCAUGGUGAGAAGUGGAGAUUAUUACUUGUUUGAAACUGACAGUGAAGAAGAGGAGGAAGAGGAGGAGAAAAGAGAGGAUCAAGAGCUGCCCAAGAAGUCAGCGUUUCAGCGAGCAAUUGGGAAGUUUGCCUCAGCCCUUAUAGCUCUGCCCAGAUCUAUCAUUAAACUGCCCAAAACCAUCCUUCAGUAUGUAAUCAGGGCAGCCAAGUUUGUCUACCAUGCUUGGAUAACAGACUCCAAGGCAGCCAUGAAGGAACGAAGCAAAGAGAAGCGUAAGUUCUGGAAGAGGUACACCAAGAGAGACAAACACAAGAAGGACAAGAAGGAAGGUCAUGUGACUAUAGAGAUGGAGGAAGAUCAGGAGGGAACACAGAAGAAGAAGUCUGACGGACCAGACAACAUCCUGAAGCGAGUGUUCAACAUCAUCAAGUUCACCUGGGUGUUGUUCCAGACCAUGGUGGAGAGCUUCACCAAGUGGAUGAACAACGUGUGUAGAGAACACAUAGACAUCUCCACCGUGCUGCGUAUUGAGAGAUGCAUGCUCACUAGAGAGGUCAAAAAGGGCAACGUCCCGUCCAGAGAGAGUAUCCACAUGUUCUACCAGAAGCAGAUGCGUAUGAGCAUGUCCCGGGGGUCCAGCCUGGACCGGCUCAGUGAGGAGGACAGUGCGUCGGGGGGGUCUCACAGGGUCCGCAGGAGGAGAGGCGACUAUCGCAUGGAGAGCCAGGACAGCAUGGCAUCUUUGGCAUCACGAGACAGCAUAUCCAGUGCCUACACUGAGGCCACCAUGCUGUUCUCCCGCCAAGACACGCUGGACGAGCUGGACGGAAUGCCAUCAGACGUUCACAUUCCCAAAACCAGUGAGCGUGCCCGGCCAAAACUCCGUAAGAUUUACGGCCUGGACGCCUCCAAAUCGACUGACAGCAGCAGCAGCCAAGUGUCCAGUGAAACGACCCAGUGCAUCACUCUGUACUCCCGGCAGGGCACCACCGACACCAUCGAUGAGGUGGAGGACGAACAGGACCAGGGGGAAGACAGGCAGCACGGACCCUGGGGACACCCACCUCCGGAGGGGGCAGAGGGGGCUGAAGACAGCCCCUGGCGGGGUGGAGGAGAUGAUGGUGGUGGAGAGACCACAGAGGAGAGGGAGCGGUACCAGGGUCAGGGGGAUCCAUGGGGGUCUCCAGGCCCAGGGGAGGGCCCCUCCUUCAGGGUAGAGGAAGGAGCGUCAAACCUCCUGGCCCUUCAACAAGGAUCCCGACCAGGGUCCCAGGACUGUACCACUGACAGUGACGACGGGGGUGUCCAGGACCGGCAAGAAUACUUGAAUAGGGCAGAGCGUGACCGGGCGGGGCUGCUGUACACCCCAGACACGGACGCUCCAAACACCUCGGAUGCUGAUGUGCCUCCCAGCUACAGCAAGGCGGUGAGCUUUGACCGUCUGGAGGUGAGUGAGGAUGAGAGCGACAGGGACGAUAAUAGGAUGAUGGCGAUGACCCCAGACACCAGCCGGUCAGACUAUCUGGACGACCCCUUGCUGCCCUCGCUGACCACUGAGCUGACCGCCAGCGAACUGCUGCUCAACAAGAUGUUCCAUGAUGAGGAGCUAGAGCGGUCGGAGCGGUUCUAUGUGGGCCAGCCCCUGGUGCUCCAGUUGGUCUAUGCCCUGUAUAACAUGCUGGUGGCCCACUCUGAGAGUGUGUGUUACCUAGUCAUCAUCCUCAACAACAUGCUGUCAGCCUCCUGCGUCACGCUGGUCCUCCCUAUCCUCAUCUUCCUCUGGGCCAUGCUGUCCGUACCUAGACCCAGUAAGAGGUUCUGGAUGACUGCCAUCGUAUACACUGAGGUCGCCAUUGUCAUCAAGUAUUUCUUUCAGUUUGGCUUCUUCCCCUUCAACCAGAACCCGAAGGUGGACGUGAAUAAACCCUACCACCCUCCCAACAUCAUCGGAGUGGAGAAGAAAGACGGAUACGUCGUCUACGACCUCAUACAGCUUCUGGCGCUCUUCUUCCACAGGUCCAUCCUGAAGUGUCAUGGUCUAUGGGACGAAGACAACCUUAAGGACACCAAGAAGGAGAUACUCCGCAGGGACACUGAGUCAGAGGACGAUGAGAGGAGGGAGACGGAGGCCACUCCCGUACCUUCCACCCCCCGCGAGAGGAAGGGGUCCACACAGACCCUCAGGUCUAUUAACCUGGGCGUGGGCACCUCCGUGGACUCUGUACACGUCCCCGUGCACUACGUCCAGCAACAGCAGCAGACCUACCAGAGAAGGAAGAGCUCCAGUGGAGGGUCUCAUAUCUCCCACCGCUCAGUCCACUCUGUACGCUCCAAGAGAGGCAGCACUAACUCCAGGAACAGUAGCCAUAGAGACGGGGGCGAGUCAGUGCAGCAGAAGACUAAGAAACAACUGAUCAAGGAGAAACUCAGAGAACAGAUGAUCAAAGCCAAGACCUUCACUGUCAAAAGGACCAUGGAGGUGUACCUGCCCAUCCGUCAGUUCUUCUACAACCUAGUCCAUCCAGAGUACAGCGCUGUAACAGACGUCUAUGUUCUCAUGUUCCUGGCCGAUACCAUCGACUUCAUCAUCAUCGUCUUCGGCUUCUCUGCUUUUGGGAAACACUCAGCGGGAGCAGACAUCACGUCGUCCCUGUCGGAGGACCAGGUUCCCGGGGCCUUCCUGGUGAUGGUUCUGAUCCAGUUUGGGACCAUGGUGGUGGACCGGGCCCUCUACCUCAAGAAGACAGUGCUGGGGAAGGUCAUCUUCCAGGUGGUCCUGGUAUUCGGGAUACACUUCUGGAUGUUCUUCAUCCUCCCCGGACUCUCUGAGAGGCGUUUCAAUGAGAACACAGUAGCCAAGCUAUGGUACUGUAUCAAGUGUAUCUACUUUGGGCUGUCAGCCUAUCAAAUCCGCUGUGGCUACCCCACCAGAGUCCUGGGUAACUUCCUCACCAAGAGCUACAACUACGCCAACCUCUUCCUGUUUCAAGGGUUCCGUCUGAUCCCGUUCCUGACUGAGCUGCGUGCGGUGAUGGACUGGGUCUGGACUGACACCUCCCUGUCCUUAUCCUCUUGGAUCUGUGUGGAAGACAUCUACGCUCACAUCUUCGUCCUCAAGUGCUGGAGGGAGUCAGAGAGAAGAUACCCUCAGCCGCGGGGCCAAGCGAAGAAGCCUGUGGUGAAGUAUGGGAUGGGAGGGAUGAUCGUCAUGCUUCUGAUCUGUAUCAUCUGGUUCCCUCUACUCUUCAUGUCUCUGGUCAAGUCUGUGGUGGGGGUGGUCAACAAACCCCUGGACGUCUCCUUCUCCAUCACCCUGGCCGGGUUCCAGCCCAUCUUCACAAUGAGUGCUCAGCAGAACCAGCUCAGAGAAGUCUCCAACCAUGAAUUCCAUGGCACCUUCAUGAGGUCAUAUCUCAGCGACCCUGAUGCGAUGCAGUGGUUGGAGUCAUACAUGCCAGAGGACCUGACCAUAGCUGAGUUGGAGGGCAGCUCUAACAGUCUGUGGACCAUCAGUCCUCCCAGUAGAACUAACAUCAUGAAGAUGCUCAGCUCCAAGGAACAAUUCCCCGUCACUUUAGCUUGGUCUAUCCAACGGAACCAGACUCUGGGAGCGAAGGCUGAGUUUUCUACGGGGAAGAAGGUCAUGUUUCUGGAUGAUAAGACCAAGCUGGAGCUAUUCCUACUGCUCAAUGGGACCAGAAAAGACGGAGUGGUGAUAAAACAUGGCUUCCCUCGGUAUCUCCGAGCCCCUACUGACUCUGAGGCCAAACCCAUACAACAGCUGUGUAAAGAGGAAGAAUUCAUCACUUUGGCUUUGGAGCGAUUCCAUAACGACUCAGCGGAGGUCCAGGAGUGGUGGAUCGUGAACCAGACUAGUCCGGGAAAGAUCAACGUUCGUAGCCCCAAGAAUCUGUACGACGCUGGACUGGAGCUCUAUGUCUUCAGCGACCAGGUCAGCCCUCCUAGUCUGGGCUUCCUGGCUGGAUACGGGAUCAUGGGUCUGUAUGCCUCUGUGGUGCUCGUCAUCGGUAAGUUUGUCCGUGAGUUCUUCAGCGGUAUAUCCCACACCAUCAUGUUCGAGGAGCUGCCCAACGUGGAUCGCAUCCUGAAGCUGUGCACCGACAUCUUCCUGGUCCGAGAGACGGGAGAGCUGGACCUGGAGGAAGACAUGUACGCUAAACUCAUCUUCCUCUAUCGCUCGCCUGAGACUAUGAUCAAAUGGACCAGGGAAAAGACUCAGUGAGCUUGGCUGUAAAGGCUAGAAGUUAUCCCUUCAAUGUGGAUAGAAGAUUAAAAGUAUUAACCUCC